AUUCAUAGCUGCCAUACAGACUUGGAAAAAAAUGGAUCCACUUCAACCCUAUCUCUCAACCAUUGUUCCCUCCCCUCUCUUAACCUAGGUUAACUUAAUCAAUUCCUUUAUUCCAAGUUUCCACCCAAGCUGUGCGCCUCAUCGCUCAUUCUCGACAUCAAUGCCGAACUGAAACAAUACUCUCCGAUCUCAACCUCCACGCUGAUCUCAAACUCCACGCCAAUCUCAAACUUCAAGUCGAUCAAGGUCGAGUCUGCAAUUGCCAAUGUAUGGGUCUUGUUGAUCCACCUCCGAUUUGGUAAAUCAAGUGAAAAAGCGAAGAAGAUUGUUGAAUCGAAUGAAGAAGAUACGAAGAUGGUUCUGGGUGUGGGUGUGGGUGUGGGGUGGAACUGUUCGACAAGUGUUAUCUACAGUUGUUUCUCUUCCUUCAUGGUCUCAAAUCUGUAUAGGGAGAUUUAGGGUAGUUUAAUGGAUAGCUUGAUUUGAGUUGGUUAAUUUUGUGGAAUUGAUAAUGCCGAUUUAGGGUAUUUGCGUUAGGUAUGAGUUGAGAAGAUAGAUGGGAAUUUUACGUUAGGUCUGAGUUGAGAAAUAGAUGAGGCGCUAGGUAUGGAUUCGUGUGGAGGUUGAGAUCGACGUGGAGUUGCAAAGAAAUUGAUUAGGUUAACCUAGGUUAAGAGAGGGGAGGGAACUAUGGUUGAGAGAUAGGGUUGAAGUGAGCCCAUUUCUUUCCAAGUCAGCACUGGGAUAAUUGAGAUUGAUUUUACUGGGAUCCGUUGACUUAUUGCCCUAUAAUUGUCUACCCAAACAAACACUCUUUUUUUUUUUAUAAUAUGGAACGCACUCAACUGUCCAUGUUCGUUAGAUAAUUCCCUAUUAAAUUCGGGCCACAUGAAGUUGUAGGUAGAUAAUUCACUGUUAAAUCCGGGUCACAUGGAAUACCUAUAAAUUCAUGGACUAGUUGAGAAUCGUACUGAGGGCCCAGUAUAAAAAGAUAGUCCAAUGUAAUUAUUCGCAUACGCUCAGCUGAGUUAGAUGGAAACGACCACACCUCCCGCUUAUCGCGCUUAAGUUCCAUGUGUCAGCCAACGAGAACCCGCGAAGCUCUUCGCCAUGAAGAAGCGCAAAUCUUCGCCGUCAAUUCUCCGUCUCGACGACGAACCCGAAACCCCUCGCCAAACCACGAAAUCGCUGAUUGCUGGGCUUUCCUCCUCUUCCGCCGCCGCUUCGACUCCCUGGGAGAGCUUCAAACUGCCCGAUGAUUGGGUCGUCGAGAGAAGUCCCCGUGCUCGGUCCAACCAAGUCGACAAGUAUUACAUUGAGCCGGGACUAGACAACAGUUUCAUUCCCGAAUCCCUAGUUUCUGUGGAGAGAUACCUUGCAGGAUGGGAAGAAUAUUGUACCCCUAAGGCAAUAAAACCUUCUGGAUUUCAAGAGAAAGAAACAAAGUUCUGGAGAGGAGGCUGAAAACUCAGUGCUCGACUUUACUAGCCCACUGCCAAAAGUAAAGUGGAUUAUGACUUCUCGGGGGAAAUAUGUGGAGCCCUUUCAUAGCUGAUUCGGAAGUCCCAGAGUUCAUAAAGCAGAAGUGCUCUGAGACAUUUAUAUCAUCCAUUCGCAAUAAAUCCUAAUGGACCUAGUUUAAGAUAUCUUCUAUUCUAUCAUGAUGACAGUGUUCUAUGUUUGUGCCAGUUAACGCUUCAACUGAUAUCUAUGAGUUUGCAAAUUCAUGCUAGCUGCUAUUUGUCUCGGCUUCCAUCUCUGCAUUUGUUGUGCUGAACUUGUUACAUUCUUCUUUAAAGACCUACUUCAAAUGAAGAGUACUUGAAAGUUGAAAAUGA